AAGGGAUGCAAACAUGAACCUGCCCAAUCAUCCGUCACCUCUCAUUACGGCCGUUGGAGUUGGACGUCCAUCCAUCGUUAAGCUCUUACUGGACCACCCUGGCGUUGAUAUUGCCGCCGAAUUUGCCAGUGAGCUGACGCCAUUUAAAACAGCUGUUGAGUGUUGGCAGGUAACAAUGGUGAAAUUACUGUUUGAGGCGAGCCAAACGAGGGACUUUGCAAAUAUCGCUUUGGAACGGCUCCUGGCUGAGGACGUCCGGCACGUUGUAAGGGACGGGCAUGAAGACGUGAUCCGCGUGCUAAUAGAUGCUAUGGACAAUAUCAAUCACGGAGAUGAUGAUCGCCUAAUUGCCCUACACUACGCGUGCCGGACCGGACGAGUUGAGCUUGUGGAGUUGAUAUUGGCAAGGAAGGAUGUCAAGCCAGGAUCCGAAGAUCCUUCAGGCCGAACGAUAGAAAGCGACGCAAACGAAGAAGGAUGUGCUGAGUGUGUCAGGUCUCUGAUGAUUUAAUCGGGCAUUGAAACUCUCUUCAAGAAAACGUUGCAUGGCUGAAUACCACCGUCAGAGGCCGCUAUGGAAGCCUCCGCAGGAUCAAAGAGCUACUGUUGGGCAACCUCCAACAUAAUCUGAAUCCCGGUCCUCUGGUCCAUCAGAUAAAGGUCCCAAGAGGAGAAGAAAUGACUUCGGGCAUAGAUACAAUACCACACUUGGAUGAUUGUUCGUUACUGUACCAUCAGAUUUUGCCCUUCCAUGACUGUUCUCGAUUGCUAUUCCGAUUCUAUGCAGUUCCAAUAACCGAGGUACCAUUGGUUUAGCCCUUUUCUAAAAACAUGUGUAAGAAUCAUAUUCAAGUCCAGUUUCC